AUGGCGUGGCGCGGCAUACCUGACCUCAGCACCUUUUUCGUACGCACCCAACUGACUGGACGUGGUCGCACUCGCACACACCAUUCACAGCUCGCUUUCCUCUCUCAUCCAUCCUGUCUUUCGUCCCGUUAG